CCAUUCGCAAGAAACCAUAUCUAGGUUUUCCUUUCUUGUAACGGCGGCGAGGAUAACCCGGACGGCCGGACGGGCGACCUCGUGCCUGUGAUUGAUGGAUAUGGUGAUGGAGAUGGAGGCGGAGACGGAGACGGAGAUAGGGAUGGGUCUGGAGGUACAGUUGAAGAAGGAGCACAAAGUGGAAACCCAAGAAGAAGAUGAAGCGACGAAGAAGAGGAAGAUUGAGCUCGAUCCAGAAGAGAGGAAGCGGCUAGCGGAAGCAGAAGGUGUCGCGAAGUUCAAGUGGUUGAAUGAAGUUGACGACGAAGAAGAGUUAACAGACUAUUACGCCUACCAAGCUAAGCAAUUCCGCAGGUUCUGGGAGAGUCUCUAUCUGGGUCGCUAUGGUUACUUUGAGGACGAGACAACAAUAUGUGCCAAGCGUUUUACAGAUAAGCCCGCACGCGGUGGCGGGUGCCUGAUCAGUACUUUACAGAUCUUCUCAGUCAAAGUGACGGGACUAAGUGGAGGUUUAAAGUUUCCGCUAGAUGUGUAUGGUAUGGUUGCCAUACGUGACAACCUAGAUCACAAUCGCAAUAUCAUCUUCCAUCGCAAAAGGGAUAACUGCCAAACCCUUACCCAAGAGGAUUUAUCUUUAGUACUGACUGGUCCUGUCCGUGCUGUUGACUUGUUGGAUCCUGUGAUCUUUGAGGUUGAGCUGAAAGUGAAGAGUAAUAUUGAAUCACAGGAUAGAGUUUUAAGCCUUCUGGCUCCUCCACUCGAUAGCCCUGCCUUAAUACCUGAUUCAUGCAUGUUUAAGAAAUGUUACACAAGCAAGCUUAGCACGAUGGAGCUUACAGUUGGCCAUAUUUUUUACUCUCUGGAGGCCACAAUCAGUGUGAAAGUCAUUGAGGGGUCAUGGCUAGAAGAUUCUCAUGGUCAGUUUACAGCCAGUACGGACAGUAUAGAAGAUGAGAAAGUCGUGUUGCUUGGUUUUGGAGAUGGAAAGGUGCCUCUUGAUGGUGAUAACAUCUUGCUUUCACGGUCUGUUGUUUCUGCUGAGUAUGAGGAACACCUGAUAGUUUCUGUCAAUACACGUCAGAGUAAAAAGGCGGAAGAUGAAGCUGUGGAAGAGCAUGCAGUUUUCACUCCUCUUAACAUGGGUAGAAGCUAUGGUGAACUUAACGUUGGCUUCUGUAAGAUGCAAGUCACUGUCGCCUGGUCGGAAGCACUAUUGUUGCGCAGUGGUAUGACGAUGGAGGUUUCACUUUAGCUGUAUAUUCAACCAUAGUGGCAGCUCGUGGACAUGUUCGAUGUAUUGAUGCCUUCGUGGGUUAAGCUGUAUAUUCAACCAUAGUGGCAAACCGUGUUAGUUACUUGAUUCUGCAUACGAGGAAGUGCCUCUCGCUGGUAAUAACACGUUACACCAUGAUGCAAAAGCAUUAGCACUGGUUUAACCUUACACCCUGGCGCCA